CACCACAGAGAGGUGAGAGGAUAGAGACACCUGUCGAUGCUGAUGUUAGUGGUAGUGGAGCUGUCCAGAACCAGAGACACCAGGCAGCCAGAGGAGAGAGAGCCGGUGGCAAAGACACAUGUGAUCCUGGCUCGUAGCUGAGUAGUGAGAGUUCUCCUUCAGACCAGUCACCUCAGCCACCAUCGCUGACUCUGACCCAGUCACCUGGAC